GUCCUAGUAAUGUCGUCGGUCCCCUUCUCUCUCAUCACCAACAAAAGUGGGAGCAUGCGCGACGGCGACCCCUCCCACACGACGACGCCGUCGCCGUCGCCACCAUGACCACCGCUGCCUCAAUCCACACACCUCGUUGCCUCAUCCGACUACGAAGGGAGGAUAAGACGAAUACAAGAGCGACACUAUAGCGCUUUGAUGGGUUUGUUCCUCUUCAGGAGGGAGUGGUGGAGGGGUUCUGGGCGGAAGAUGGAAGAAUUGAAGAUAGGGCUUCUGAGCACCGCUUUAGGCUUCUUCGGCUUUGGGGUAGGGCUGACGGUGGGCGCCGUCGUCGGGUUCUACCUCUUCAUCCGCACCCAACCCUCCGAUGUCGAGGAUUCAAAAAUUUGUGCACAUGUUGAAAAUGAUCCAGAAUUUCUGGAGCGCAUUCUCCCAGAAAUUCCUCUCUGGGUGAAGUACCCCGAUUAUGAUCGAGUGGGUUGGUUAAAUAAAUUUAUGGAACUGAUGUGGCCAUAUCUUAAUGAGGCUAUCUGCAAAACUGCAAUGCAAUCUGCAGAGCCGAUUAUGGCAGAGGUUGCUGCAAAGUACAAAAUCAAGUCUGUUAAAUUUGAAACAUUCACUCUUGGUUCACUACCUCCAAGUCUUCACGGAAUGAAAGUUUACAUCUCUGAAGAAAACGAACUCAUAUUGGAACCUUCACUUAAAUGGGCUGGGAAUCCUAAUAUCAUCGUUGUUGCUAGAGCAUACGGAUUGAGAUUAACUGUGCAGGUGGUAGAUCUGCAGAUCUUUGCACUUCCUCGUCUUACUUUAAAGCCCUUGGUCCCUAGCUUUCCUUGUUUUGCAAACAUCUACAUGGGUCUCAUGGAGAAGCCACAUGUGGAUUUUGGAGUAAAACUUUCGAGGGCUGAUCUCAUGGCAAUUCCUGGUCUUUACAUAUUUGUGCAGGAGACCAUCAAAGAUCAAGUUGCGAAUAUGUUCCUUUGGCCGAAAACCCUUGAAGUGCCUAUUCUGGAUGUUUCAAAAGCCUUAAAGAAGCCUGUUGGCAUUCUCUAUGUCAAAGUUAUCAGGGCUUAUGAGCUGCCAAAGGAAGACUUAUUCGGAAAAUCAGACCCAUACGUGAAAUUGAGGCUUUCUGACCAUAAGCUUCCGUCUAAAAAGACAUCAGUGAAACGCCGAAACCUGGAACCCGAAUGGAAUGAGGAAUUCAAAUUCGUUAUAAAAGAUCCAGAAAGUCAAGUGGUGGAGCUCAAUGUCUAUGAUUGGGAACAGGUAGGAAGACAUAAAAAAAUGGGAAUGAAUGUCAUUAAGUUGAAUGAAGUUAUCCCCAACAAAUCGACGACUCUAACACUCGAUCUUCUCAAGGAUUUCAAAAGUGAAGACAUUCCGAGUGAAAAUUCACAAGGACAAAUUGUCGUCGAAGUUAAUUACAAACCUUUCAAGGAAGAAGAACAUGAAGAAGAUGAAAGUAGUGGUGAAGAAGAUGAAAUUGAAGAUGAAGUUGGCCCUGAAUCAGAAGAUGAAGUAGCAGAUAAAGAAGAAAAGACACCCAAGAGCGCCCCUCCUGGCGGCGGUUUGCUUAUCGUUAUUGUCCACGAAGGUAAAAAACUCGAGGGGAAGCACCAUAUAAAUCCUUAUGCACGAGUUACCUUUAGAGGAGAGAAAAAGAAAACCAAGCACAAAAAGCAUAACAGAGAUCCAAGAUGGAAGGAGGAAUUCCUUUUUGUUUGCGAGGAACCUCCGGUCCACGACAAAUUACUAGUCGAGGUAUUCAGUAAGGCAAUAGGUAUUGGCAUACACUACUCUAAGGAAAGUUUGGGAUAUGUUACCGUCGACCUCGCAGAUGUUGUGAACAACAAGAGAACCAACGAAAUCUACCAUCUGAUCGACUCGAAAAAUGGCCAAAUUCAGGUAGAGUUGCAAUGGAACACUUGAAAUAUAUUAUAUUCCUUCUGAUCAUCGAACUUCCAUUGUUCAUAAAUGUAUUUGACAACAUAUUUCGAAUACAGAGCUGACUCUUAUUAUCGACUUACAAAA